AUGCUUCCCUCCCAACGGUCAAGACAUGUUCUCCACAACCCCUUCCGUCUCAAAUUUCUACACUUUCCCGCGACCCAAACAAGACCAUUGAACACACUCUCUUCCCUCUUGAACCUCUGCAACGAUCCCAAAAAACUCCAGCAAAUCCACGCCAGGUUCGUCCUUUAUGGUCUGCACCAAAACCCAACACUCUCAUCCAAACUCAUCGACUGCUAUGCCAACCUUGGCGCCCUCAGUCUUUCCCAACAAGUCUUCAACUCUAUCAGUGACCGAAGUUCCCUUCUGUAUAACACAAUCUUAAGAAAGUUGUCAGAGUCUGGUGAAUUUGAGAGAACCCUUUUGGUUUACAAUGAAAUGGUCAUGAAAUCUAUGUACCCAGAGGGAAAUACUUACCCUUAUGUUUUGAAGUCAUGUUCUUGGUGUUCAGAUGCUAGAAAUGGGGCAAAGAUUCACGGGCAUGUGGUGAAAUUGGGUUUUGAUUCAUAUGAUCUGGUGGGUGCUGCUUUGGUUGAUAUGUAUAGAAGCUAUGGUAAUUUUGAAAAUGAGGGAAAGCAAUGGAAUUCUCUGACUUCUGAGGGUUCACAAAGCGGAAAAGCAAUAGAGAAAUUUGAACCUGAUUCAGUUACUGUGAUUAACUUGCUGAGGUCAAGCGUGGAUUUGAACUCAUUGCAGGUGGGAAAGGCUGUUCAUUGUUUGGUUGUUGUGAGCAAUUUGUGUGUGGAUUUGUCUGUGAAUACUGCAUUGUUGUCUAUGUAUGCCAAGUUAGGUGAUUUAGAAUAUGCCAAAUUGGUAUUUGAAGAAAUGCCUGAGAAGGACUCUGUUGUUUGGAAUAUAAUGAUAUCAGCUUAUUCUCGAAUUGGGUACCCUAAGGAAUCACUGGAGCUACUAAGAUGCAUGGGAAGUUCAGGCAUUAGAGCUGAUUUAUUUACUGCAAUCCCUGCAAUUUCUUCAAUUACACAGUUAAGAGCUACUUAUUGGGGCAAACAAAUGCAUGCUCAUGUGAUAAGAAAUGGUUCAGAUUAUCAAGUGUCCGUUCAUAAUUCUCUGAUUGACAUGUACUGUGGAUGUGAUCGUCUAAAUUUGGCUCGAAAGGUUUUUGAUGUUGUGACAAACAAGACUGUUGUUUCAUGGAGUGCAAUGAUUAAAGGAUAUGUCAAUCAUGAUCAGUCACUUGAUGCUCUUUCUCUCUUCUCCAAGAUGAAAUCUGAGGGAAUCAGUGUCGAUUUCAUUACAGUUAUUAACAUCUUGCCUGCUUGUGUGAAUCUAGGGGCACUAGAGAAUGUAAAAUGCCUUCAUGGGUACUCGGUGAAACUUAGCCUCAACUCACUUUCGUCUGUUAAUACGGCAUUUCUAGUCAGCUAUGCAAAAUGUGGAUGCAUAGAGAUGGCCUGGAAGCUUUUUGAUGAAGAGAAUAUCAAUGAUAAAGAUCUAGUCACAUGGAACUCUAUGAUUGGUGCGUAUGCUAAGCAUGGAGACUGGUAUCGAUCUUUUGAGUUGUAUAACCAAAUGAAGGAACUGAGAUUGAAACCAGAUCAAGUAACCUUUCUUGGAGUACUGACAGCCUGCGUAAACGCAGGUCUUGUUCAAGAAGGGAAGGAGUGUUUCAAGGAGAUGGUUGAGACAUAUAAUUGUCGACCAAGCCAGGAACACUAUGCUUGCAUGGUGGAUCUACUAGGGCGUGCUGGGCAUGUCAAUGAAGCCAGAGAACUUGUAAAAUCUAUGCCUUUCAAACCUGAUGCUCGGGUUUGGGGCCCUUUGUUAAGUGCUUGUAAGUUGCAUUCAGAGCCUGGGGUUGCAGAGUUUGCUGCUGAGAAGCUUAUAACCAUGGAACCAAAAAAUGCUGGAAAUUACAUAUUGCUUGCCAACAUAUAUGCUGCAGCUGGAAAGUGGGAUGGAGUUGCUAAGAUGAGGAGUUUCCUCAGGGAUAGAGGACUAAAGAAAACUCCCGGCUGUAGCUGGGUAGAGAUAAAUGGAUGUCUACAUGAGUUCCGAGUAGCGGAUCGAUCUCAUCCAAGAUCAGAUGGUAUAUAUGCCAUAUUAAGAAACCUGGAGUGGGAAAUCAAGGAUGCAAGAGACAGAGAUGGAGUAUAG